AUGGGUAUCCUCUCGCUCAUCACCGGCAAGGCGGGCGCCAGCGGGUUCGGGUCCGCGUCCACGGCGGAGCAGGUCACCGACAGCGUCGAUGCCAGCCGCCUCACCGUCGUUAUCACAGGAGGAGCUAGUGGCAUUGGUCUGGAGACCUCAAGAGUCUUCGCCCUGAGAGGAGCCCAUGUGGUCAUUGCUGCUAGAAACACAGAGGCUGCAUCAGAAGCAAGGAAGAGCAUCAUGGAGAAGAACCCAACAGCACGUAUUGAUGUUCUGAAGCUUGACCUCAGCUCCCUCAAGUCUGUCAGGGCUUUCGCGGACCAGUUCAACUCGAUGAAACUUCCUCUGAACAUCCUGAUAAAUAAUGCAGGUGUGAUGUUCUGCCCUUUUCAACUGUCUAAAGAUGGGGUUGAGAUGCAAUUCGUGACCAAUCAUCUCGGACACUUUCUGCUUACCAAUCUCCUCCUUGAUACUAUGAAAGCCACUGCCAAGUCUACUGGUAUUGAGGGUCGCAUUGUGAACUUGUCAUCAGUUGCCCACCACCAUACAUAUCCAAAGGGAAUUGACUUUGAUAAACUCAAUGAUGAGAAAAUAUACAACGACAAAAUGGCUUAUGGACAGUCUAAGCUGGCAAACUUACUGCAUGCAAAGGAGCUCUCUAGAAGGCUGAAGGAAGAAGGAGCAAACAUCACAGUUAACAGUGUCCAUCCUGGAUUGAUCAUGACCAAUUUGAUGAGACAUUCCUUUGUUCUCAUGAAGGUGCUUCAGGUUGCCACUUACAUACUGUGGAAGAAUGUACCCCAGGGAGCCGCAACUACUUGCUAUGUAGGACUGAACCCUCAACUCAAGGGAGUGACAGGAAAAUACUUUGCUGACUGCAACGUGGAGAAGACGAGCAAACUGGCGAGAAGUGAGGAGUUGGCAAAGCAACUCUGGGACUUCAGCGAGGAGCUGAUCAAGUCUGCGAAAUGA